ACGGAACUAGCCCGCCAGCAGGCAGCUACAAACCCACACACACCCGACCCGUAUCUCUGUCUCUCUUCUCCUUCUUCCUUCAACCUUGUUCUGCUGAAUCUCCAGAGAGGGGAAAGCUUUUGCCUUCUUCUCGUCCUCCCAAGAUUCAAGAUCCACUUUUUUCUCGGAAACCAAUCGCGAGCCAACCAAAACAAUCACCGGAAAAGGGACAAAUUCCCUUUUCAAUUCUCUAAUUCUCCUCGAGGAGCUCCUCCUCGCCUCUCGAAUACGUUUUGAGGUCUUUGUAACCUUUUCUUUUGUCGGAGAAGAUGGUUGCCUUUGGGAAAAAGCUAAAGGAAAGGCAAAUUCAAGAAUGGCAAGGAUACUAUAUCAACUACAAAUUGAUGAAAAAGAGAGUGAAACAAUAUGGCCACCAAAUUGAAGUUGGAACACUAGAUCGGCGCCAUGUUCUCAAGGACUUCUCGAGAAUGCUUGAUUGUCAGAUUGAAAAGAUAGUCCUGUUUCUGUUGGAGCAACAAGGGCUACUUGCAGGAAGGAUAGCCAAGCUUAACGAAGAUCAGGAUGCUCUACAACAAGAGCCAGAUAUAGCGAAGCUAUCCCAGUUGCGGGAAAAUUAUAGGGAUGUCGGGAGGGACCUUUUGAAGCUUCUUUUCUUUGUUGAAAUAAAUGCUGUGGGCCUGCGUAAGAUCCUGAAGAAGUUUGAUAAACGUUUCGGUUAUCGAUUCACCGAUUACUAUGUGAAGACUCGAGCUAAUCAUCCUUAUUCCCAGCUUCAGCAAGUGUUCAAGCAUGUGGGUCUUGGGGCAGUUGUUGGAGCCAUAUCCCGCAAUCUUCAUGAACUUCAGGAGCAUCAAGGAAGUUUCUUAUCCAUUUAUGAUCAAUCUGUGCUUCCGCUUGAGGACUCUGUUGUUGAUGCAAUGAAAGCGGCAGUUGACCGGUUAAGCCACUCAACCAACUUCUUGAACUUCUUGGCACAACAUGCACUUAUUAUGCAAGAGGAGCUUCCAACUCCCAUUGAGGAGAGCAUUGAUGAUAAGAGAUACCAUUUUAUGUCUCUUAUCCUGAAUCUGGCAAACACAUUCCUUUAUAUGAUAAACACCUAUAUUAUAGUACCCACAGCAGAUGACUACUCCAUGAGCCUUGGUGCACCGGCAACAGUUUGUGGUAUUGUGAUUGGAUCAAUGGCUGUUGCUCAAGUCUUCUCUUCAGUAUACUUCAGUGCAUGGUCCAAUAGAUCAUACUUCAGGCCUCUUGUGUUCAGCAGCAUCGCUCUUCUGAUCGGAAAUGUCAUGUAUGCAAUGGCUUAUGAUUUCAAGUCAAUCACAAUACUUCUGUUAGGCCGGCUUUUCUGUGGGUUGGGUUCUGCUAGAGCUGUGAACCGGCGUUAUAUCAGUGAUUGUGUUCCACUUAAGCUACGUAUGCAAGCUUCAGCAGGUUUUGUUAGUGCAAGUGCUCUCGGGAUGGCCUGUGGCCCGGCUCUUGCUGGCUUACUUCAAACGGAGUUUAAAAUUUACAAGUUCACAUUCAAUCAGAACACUUUACCAGGCUGGGUUAUGGCUGUGGGUUGGUUCUUUUAUAUGAUAUGGCUGUGCAUCUCAUUUAGAGAGCCUUUUCGCCCGACACAAGAUACCAAUGUAGCUCCACAAACCAGUGAUGGUAAACUUCUCCCCAUUCCAUGUAUUGCAUACAUAAUUUCAGUUGCUCAAUCACCCGAAUACUCGCUCUUCGAUAAUAAUUUUGGUCUCGUGUUGAAAGCAGAACCAACGAGAAAUGAUGCUCUUGAGAAAGGUCUUCAGCAGCCAUUGCUACCAAGUACAGAAGCCAAUCAAGAUGAUGAAGAUUGUGGGAGUGAUGAUGAAUCUGAGGGAUCCAGAGGACCAGCUAACUCACUUCGCUCUGCUUAUAGGCUAUUGACACCUUCUGUAAAGGUUCAGUUGUUAAUAUAUUUCAUGCUCAAGUACGCCAUGGAGAUUUUAUUAUCAGAGUCUAGUGUCGUCACAACGUACUACUUCGGUUGGUCUACUAGCUCAGUGGCAAUAUUUCUCGCCUGCUUAGGCCUCACUGUCCUUCCAGUGAAUAUCAUUGUUGGAAGCUAUAUCAGUAACAUGUUUGAAGAUAGGCAAAUCUUACUAGCAUCAGAAAUCAUGGUCUGUGUAGGCAUACUCCUAAGCUUCCACAUCUUAGUUCCAUACACCGUGCCACAAUACGUGUGCUCAGGACUCAUUAUGUUUGUCUCGGCCGAAGUACUAGAAGGCGUCAACUUAUCGUUGCUCUCGCGAGUCAUGUCAUCGAGGCUCUCACAGGGAACAUACAACGGUGGACUACUCUCGACGGAGGCAGGUACCUUAGCUCGUGUGGUGGCAGAUGUAACAAUCACAAUGGCGGGGUACUUGGGGCAGAAAACGCUGUUGAAUGUGACUCUUCUACCUUCCCUUGUCAUUUGCAUAACCUCCAUCCUCGCCACAUGCUUCACCUACAACUCGCUAUAUUGAUUCUGUAGACUUAUAUCUAUCACAUUAGUAAAGCGAAGCAGCCAAAUUUUGGCGUUUCUUCGCUUAUAGCUAUGUGAUUAGGUAGUCUUCUUCUCCUUCUUAUUCUUCUGUGUCGGAUCAGUUCUCCUGUAUAUUUGGUAGAAACCCAGCUCCAUUAAAUUCUCCAUUGUUCUUAAUAAAAAUGUAGACGCACACCACACCAACCUAGCUAGCCUAGCAGCAUGUCCAUUAAAGCGUCUGAGAACUGAGCCAGCUGCUUGCUGCCUCUAGCAUAAGUAGAUGGAUUUAUUUACUGUGAAUUUGUUUUCUUCAGAAUUCCUCAACAAUCAUAUCCUUGCCCUUGGC